CGGAGCGGAGCGGGGCCUCCGGACUUGGAAGAGGCUUCCAGCGGCUACUUCCUAGUGCCUGUGGUCGGGGAGCUGCUGGGCCGGCAUGGUGCGGGGCCGGAUCACCGCGCUGGCUGUGAGCGACGUGCGCUUCCCCACCUCUCUGGGCCACCAUGGCUCCGAUGCUAUGCACCCGGACCCUGACUAUUCUGCUGCCUAUGUAGUAAUCGAAACCGAUGCGCAUGACGGACUCAAAGGUUAUGGCUUAACAUUUACAUUGGGUAAAGGCACAGAAGUUGUUGUUUGUGCUGUUAAUGCUCUCUCCACCCACGUGGUUCAUAAAGACAUGGAAGAAAUUGUCAGCAAUUUUAGAAAUUUCUACAGGCAACUCACCAGUGAUGGGCAGCUCCGAUGGAUUGGUCCAGAAAAAGGAGCUGUUCAUUUGGCAACAGCUGCUAUUCUGAAUGCCGUGUGGGAUCUGUGGGCUAAGCAGGAGGGAAAGCCUCUGUGGAAGCUACUAGUUGACAUGGAUCCCAAGCAGUUGUUAUCCUGCAUAGAUUUCAGGUAUAUCACCGAUGCGCUAACAGAAGAAGAAGCUUAUGAAAUACUCAUAAAUAGCCUACUUGGGAAAAAAGAAAGAGAAGAACAAAUGUUUACACAUGGAUAUCCUGCUUACACCACUUCAUGUGCUUGGCUGGGCUACUCAGACCAGCAGUUAAAACAGCUCUGCACCAAGGCAUUGAAGGAUGGCUGGGCAAGGUUCAAGGUAAAGGUUGGUGCAGAUCUGCAGGAUGACAUUCAUAGAUGCAGACUCAUAAGAGAAAUGAUUGGUCCUGACAAUAUAUUGAUGCUGGAUGCUAACCAACGAUGGGAAGUGAAGGAAGCAAUAGAGUGGGUGACUAAAUUAGCUGAAUUUAAACCAUUAUGGAUUGAGGAGCCAACUUCCCCUGAUGAUAUUCUGGGUCACGCAGCUAUUUCUAAGGCCUUAGCACCAUUAGGAAUUGGCGUGGCAACAGGAGAGCAAUGCCACAAUAAAGUGAUAUUUAAACAGCUCCUACAGGCUAAAGCCCUGAGCUAUCUCCAGAUUGACAGCUGCAGACUGGGAAGUGUGAAUGAAAACUUGGCUGUGUUGCUGAUGGCCAAAAAGUUUCAAAUUCCUGUGUGUCCUCACGCUGGGGGUGUCGGGCUCUGCGAGCUAGUACAGCACUUGAUACUAUUUGACUAUAUUGCAAUAUCUGGAAGUCUUGAAAACAGAAUGUGUGAAUAUGUUGAUCACCUGCAUGAACAUUUCAAAUAUCCUGUAAUAAUCAAAAAGGCUUGCUACAUGCCACCACAGGAUGCUGGAUAUUCUACUGAAAUGAAAGAAGAUUCUACAAGGAAAUACCAGUUUCCACAGGGAGAAGUUUGGCAGAAGCUCUUGUCUGGCCAUAAGAUAUAUCUGCAUUAAGUUUAACCAUGAAGGUUUUCAGGCUUAAAAUUAAAUUCCCCAAUGCAUGCUGCUAAUGCAGCAAGAUUCCAAAUGAAAGUGAACAGUUCUGUACAACUGGGGGGAAAGCCUU